GCUCCAACCCUCUAUUUCCAACCAAACAUAUUUGACCACCUCAUUCUUAGUUCUUGCACACAAGUCUUCUUGACCAUUCCCGGCAGCCGAAACUUCCAGAGACAUUCAAUGGUUUCAAGUGGGGUUCGCAUGGGCCUAGUCCUAGUCCUGGUCAUUGUGGGCAUGCUUUAUAGUGGAGCCAUGGCCCAAUCAGGCUGCAGCAAUGCAAUUACAAGCCUUGCCUCAUGCCUCAACUAUGUUACAGGAAAUUCAACGACCCCGUCAUCUACUUGCUGCUCUCAGCUAGCCAAUGUCGUGCAAUCAUCACCACAAUGCCUUUGCUCGCUGCUCAAUAACAGUGGCUCUUCUCUGGGUAUCACCAUAAACCGAACUCUGGCUUUGUCUCUCCCUGGCGCUUGUAAAGUGCAAACUCCACCAAUCAGCCAGUGCGAAGCUGCCACUGCGCCCACGUCUUCAGCAGCUCCACCAACCGCUUCAGCAAUUCCACCAGCCACUUCAGCAAUUCCACCAGCCACUUCUCCAGCUGAUUCAUCCAACGAAACACCUGAGCCUGCACUUACGCCAUCAGCAUCUCAGAUUCCUUCUUCUUCAGGAACUGGAUCAAAAACAGUCCCAUCAACAGAUGGAACAUCCGAUGGAAGAAUCAUCAAAGCACCCCUUCAUUUCAUCUUCGUUUUCUUCCUUGUGUGGUGUGGUUCUACUGUUUCCAAAUUCUGAAUCUGAAAUUGCUGAGCGAACUUGUGGCGUGCUGCAGUGUUGAUUAUUAUUAUUUUUUUUAAUCCGAUUUUGUUCUAGUCUAGAGAUGAUUCUUGAUUCUACAGACAGGAGUGUGAUUGUAUUAUUUGUUUGGUUUGCUUAACGAUAAAUAAAUAAGAGAUCUUUUUGGUACUUCCAUGAAAAA